AUGGCAAUGAUCAUCUGCGCGGAGGCCAAUGACGAUAGAAGCCCGAGUCGGAAAACCGCAGAGAUUCACCGCGAAAAAAAGCUGGUGAUAACAAAGACAGCAGUGACUGUGAUAUGUUCAUCCACCGAUUACAAACAAGAUUGCACCACGGGUCUUGACAAUGUUAGGUCACCAGAUCCCCGGAAUCUGAUCAAUUCCGCUUUCGACCUAGCAAUCGUCUCGAUUCGAAGUGGAAUCGACAAAGGGAUGGUUGAUCUAAAGGGCAAAGCCGACGCGGAUGUACGCACGAGAGCCGCGCUUAAUAGUUGCCGAGAGCUAAUGGAUUUCGCAAUUGAAGAUCUUCGCAAAACGAGGGAAAAGUUUAGAGGGUUCAUGUUCACAAGAUUUUCAGAUUUCAUUGACGAUCUUAGGGUUUGGCUCAGCGGAUCCAUCACAUACCAACAAACGUGCAUCGAUGGGUUUGAAGGGAUCGAUAGCGAAGCGGCUGCGAUUAUGGAAAGGCUCAUUAGGAAAGGGCAGCAUCUUACUAGCAACGGACUAGCCAUCGCUUCGAAUCUUGAUGACUUGUUAAAGACUUUACGUAUUCCAUUUCUUUCGUCAAGAAGAGGCAGACUCGGCAUUUUUCGUCCAAAAUCUUCACAAGAACAACCGUCGAAUUCUUCUAAGGAUGCUUCCGAGAAACCACCAUCGGAUUCUGCCGAGAAGCCACCAUCAGAUUCUGUCGAGAAUCAACAACCGAAUGUUCCCGAGAACCGUCAGCCAAAUCCUCCGCAAAACCAGCAGCCAAAUCUUCCCAAUAAUCCGCAGCCAAAUCUUCCCGAGAACAAGCAGUCAAAUCUUCCUGAGAAUCGACCGUCAGAUUCUUCCAAGAAUCAACCACUCGGUUCUUCGGAGAAUCCUCCUCAAAAUUUGGAUUCUUCGAAGAACGUCCGACCAUUGGAUCCUCUUAGAGAAUUAAACCCUCUUCGGAAACUGGAUCCUCUUGAAAAAUUGGACUCGCUAAAGGAUCGACACUUGUCGGAGAAAGGAGGAUUCCCGCGGUGGCUAAAACCGCAUUCGCGGAGGCUGCUCGCGGCACCACGGCGAGGUAAAAGAAACAACGGUAAUAGAAUCAACGCCAACGUAGUGGUGGCAAAGGACGGAAGUGGUAAGUGCAAGACGAUCGCACAAGCAUUGGCAAUGGUACCAAUGAAGAACACAAAAAAGUUCGUCAUUCACAUAAAACAAGGAGUUUACAAAGAAAAAGUAGAGGUCACCAAGAAAAUGCUUCACGUCAUGUUCGUCGGAGACGGACCAACAAAGACUAUUAUCACCGGAGACGUUGCCUUCUUGCCUGACCGUGUUGGCACCUACCUCACUGCCACUGUCGCGGUGAACGGUGACAAUUUCAUGGCAAAGGACAUAGGGUUCGAGAACACGGCGGGAGCGGCACGCCAUCAAGCGGUGGCACUCCGAGUUUCGGCCGAUUUUGCUGUGUUUUUCAACUGCCGUAUGGACGGUUACCAAGACACGCUUUACGUCCAUACUCACCGUCAAUUCUACCGUGACUGCCGCAUUUCAGGCACCAUUGAUUUCGUCUUCGGCGAUGCCAAGGCUGUCUUCCAAAACUGCGAAUUCGUCAUCCGCCGUCCCAUGGAACACCAACAGUGCAUCGUUACGGCCCAAGGACGGAAAGACCGACGUGAGUCAACCGGCAUCGUUAUCCACAAUAGCCGUAUAGUUGGUGAUGCAUCAUAUCGUCCCGUCAAAGCCAAGAACCGGGCGUUUUUAGGACGGCCAUGGAAGGAGUUCUCGAGGACAAUAAUAAUGAACACAGAUAUUGAUGAUUCGAUAGACCCAGAAGGUUGGUUGAAGUGGAACGAGACGUUUGCUCUCAACACGUUGUUCUACUCAGAGUAUCGGAACAGAGGUCGUGGUUCGGGUCUGGCCCGCCGGGUCAGGUGGAAGGGUAUCCGACGGAUGUCCGAUAGAGCCGCCAGGGAGUUUUUUCCCGAGAACUUUCUACGUGGCAACGCGUGGAUCACACCGACGCGCGUGCCGUACAAUGCUAACUGA